CGACAACGACGCAUUCUAGAUACUGUGGCAAAUGUUUAAUUUAAUUUUUAUUUUGCCGAUUGGAAAUAAAUAACAUAAAACAGUUAUUAGUCAUAUAAUAUACAUUUUAUUAUCAUUAUAUUGCGGUGUACAAUGUUGAUGGACGCGAAGAAUUAAUAUCAAAACAAAGAAGGGCGUUUGGGUUCAAUUUUUGGAGAAAAAUAAAUAAAGAAAAUUAUACAAAUAUUUUCAUGGAAAAAUAAAAUUAUAAGCACCUGCAUAAAUAGCCAUUGAAAAAUUCCACCAAAAUGAAUGUGAAUGAUGUGUGGAAUUUUCGAUGGAACUGGACUGAUUUUUGUUCUACCGGAGUUCGGCCAUUUGCCAGUGAUUCAAAUGAUUUGCUACCGUGCUUUCAGGAAAUUAUUUUACAACUACCAAUUUAUACAUUGUUUGCUGCAGUGUCGGCAUAUCAUUUUGGAAGCUAUACUCGGUGUUUAGCACGAGAUCGCAAACAAUUAUGGGCCAUUUAUUUGCGCGUAGUAACCACAAUUCUUUUGGCUUCAUUACCAGUAUUAAAACUAUUUGAAUUUUAUCGUUUGGGUGUCAAAUUGUAUGCGGCUGAUAUACUGGUCGUUUGUACGGAAUGUGUUAUGUGGGUGGUACACAGUGGUUAUCUGCUAACUUCCCGAAAUUUUGGUGAACUAAGUCACAGAGGACCUUUAGUCAUUAUAGUCAUGUGGUUGGCUAUAUUCGUUUUGGAUGCAGUAUGGCUACGUUCUAGUCGACAUUUUGAUUGGUGGCCAUGGAGUUUAGCCACCUUACUACUCGAUACUUGUUAUGGUUUAACACUUAUACCCAUUGGGAAAUCUACUUAUACAGGAGCACGCUAUCCACAGGCUAAUACAGAACAAACAUCACUACUAUCACCACGUUACACACACUUUCAUUUUGAUUUCAAUGAAGCUCAUUUGGGUCAUGCACAGGAUGAAGCUAAUUAUUUGUCACGGUUCUUUUUCCAUUGGGUGGGGCCUCUUAUCUCUAAAGGCGUGGCCGGAAAUCUAAGGCGUAUCGACGAUUUAUUUGAUUUGCCAGAUGCUUUAAAUAUACCCAGAAUUAGUGAAAAGAUACAGAUUAGUAUUUCGAGAUCGAAAAAUUUAUUUUGGGCUUUGCACAAAGCAUUUGGCAAAGAAUUUUAUUUGAUUGGUAUAUUAAGAUUCAUAGCAGACAUUUCAAGUUUUGCUGGUCCUUUGCUGCUGGGUGGUUUAUUGAGACAAGGAUCUUCGAAAGAUGAUACGAAUGAAGAUGAUUUUAAUUGGCUGCCAUAUUUGUAUGCUUUGGGUUUAUUUGGCACCCAACUGAUAUACACCUUUUGCUCUUGCCACUUCAAUUGGCGCAUGUCUAUGAUUGGCAUGAAAAUGCGUAUUGGUGUCGUAAGUGCCAUUUAUCGCAAAGCUUUGGAAGCCCGUGGCUUAAAAGAUGCCCGUCCCGAAGUAUUAAAUCUCAUGUCUACUGAUACCGACCGCAUUGUGAACUCUUGCGUUUCAUUUCAUUCCUUCUGGAGCAUACCAUUUCAAUUGUUUACUACCCUGUAUUUACUAUACACUCAGCUGGGAGCUGCCUUUAUAGCUGGUGUAAUUUUUGCCGCUGCUCUUAUACCCAUUAAUCGUUGGCUGGCCAAACGUAUUGGCCAUUAUUCUCAAGGUCUUAUGACAGCCAAAGAUGCUCGUAUAUCGGCUACCAGUGAAACUAUUACUGGUGCCAAGCAAAUUAAACUGAAUGCCUGGGAAGAUGUGUUCAUUAAGAAAAUAUUAAAUUUCCGUAAAGAUGAAAUGAAUUUUUUGGCUAAACGCAAAUAUUUAGACGCCUGGUGUGUUUAUUUUUGGGCUACUACUCCAGUUCUAAUGUGUUUCUUGACGUUUGGCGUGUCUGUGUGGAUGGGUAAUCCAUUGAUAGCAUCUACUACAUAUACAAGUGUGGCUUUGUUGAAUUUACUUAUUGGUCCAUUGAAUGCAUUUCCUUGGGUAUUGAAUGGUUUAAUAGAGGCAUGGAUUUCGGUGAAACGUGUACAGGAACUAAUGGAUCUUCGUAAUCUUGAUUUUUCUUCAUAUUAUAAUCCCAUAAUAAAAGGCAGUUCUAUGACAUCGAACGAUGAACGACCCGUGGUAUUACAAUUCAAAGAUACUACUUUUGAAUAUGAUAUGAUUAACAACGAUGAAGAUGUACAAACAACAACAUUUAGAUUGGAAAAUAUUAAUAUGGAAGUGAAAAAGGGUGAACUUGUGUGUAUUGAAGGUCCAGUGGGAGCUGGUAAGAGUAGUUUAAUAUCCGCCAUUGUAGCCGGUAUAAAUUGCUUAGGUGGUUCAAUAUGUGUACCAGAUUUUACCACAGGCUUUGGUUAUGUACCUCAAACGCCUUGGCUGCAGCGUGGCACUAUACGUGACAAUAUUGUGUGGGGUAAUGUUUUCGAUGAGAAAUUUUAUAAAUCUGUGUUAUUUGCUUGUGCAUUAAAUGAUGACCUAAUGGCAUUGGGUGGUGAUUUGGUGGGCGUGGGUGAAAAUGGUCGCACAUUAUCGGGAGGUCAAAGGGCUAGAAUUGCUUUAGCCAGGGCGGUAUAUCAGGAUAAAAAAAUUUAUUUGUUGGAUGAUAUUUUGGCUUCCUUGGAUGCUCAUGUGGCGCGUCAUAUUGUUAAACACUGCAUUUUAAAUUUGUUGAAAGAUAAAACUAGAAUUAUUGUAACACGUAGUGUUACUUUAUUCUAUCAUGCUAAUCAGAUUUUACACAUUGAAAACGGCAAAUUAACGCCUAGCGAAUACAUGUCUGAAAGUAUUGAUCUAAGUUUAGAAGACUCCAACGAUGAGGCAGAUAUGAUGGAUAGACGAGCAUCCAUAGAUUUGGAUGCAUUACAAAUGGCUCAUGAAAAGAAAAGUGUUGAUAGUAUAAUGCUAGAGGAGUCCAGAGAAUAUGGAAAUUUAUCUAUGAAUGUAUUUGCUUGUUACUGGAGAGCUGUAACAACGCCUUUGGGCUUAAUUGUUCUCAUGUCGGUGGUGUUUAUGCAGGUAACACGCAACUUAUCUGAUGCUUGGUUAGCUCACUGGGUAACGGACACUACAUUGGAUAAUAACACCUCUAGCGACAAUUCUUUAGAUCGUGUAAUACAGCCACCCUUGUGGAAAGAAGGAGCAAAUGAUUCAACGCCUGCCCAUACAACGGCAUAUUAUUUGAGUAUUUUUGCUUCUUUGGCAUUGAGUAAUUCCGUAAUGACUUUGGCUAGAGCUUUUCUGUUUGCCUUUGCCGGCUUGAAGGCCGCCAAAUAUAUACAUGACAAAUUACUUAAUAAAGUAAUAUAUACCAAAUUUAGUUUCUUUGAUGUCACUUCAGUGGGCCGUAUUUUAAAUCGUUUCUCAUCUGAUACCUACACCGUAGAUGAUUCCCUGCCGUUUAUUUUGAAUAUUUUAUUGGCUCAAUUAGUGGGUCUGGUGGGUUCAGUAUUUAUAAGCUUAUAUGCCAUGCCUUGGUUAAGUUUAAUUGUUAUACCCAUGGUUCCUGUAUAUUUAAGUUUACAACAUCGCUAUCGUCAUGCCUCUCGCGAUAUCAAGCGUCUUUCGAGUAAUGCCCUGUCGCCAUUGUACACUCAUUUCACUGAGACCUUACAGGGUCUGGUCACCAUUAGAACAAUGCGUGUAAGUAUUCGUUUUCAACGUGAUUUUCAUGCCAAGUUAGAAGAAAGUAUUAAGGCUCAACUAACCUCUUCGUCGGCGCAAAAUUGGUUAAGUAUACGCUUGCAGUUGUUGGGAGCUUUGUUGGUAGGUGGUGCCGGCAUUUUGGCGGCCAUUACUUCAGCCCAUGCUACCAAUCCUGGCUUAGUAGGCUUAGCCAUAUCGUAUGCUUUAAGUAUUACACACAUUUUAGGAGGAGUUCUCAAUGCAGUGGCCGAAACAGAACAAGAAUUAGUAGCUGUUGAGCGCAUCGAACAGUAUUUACAGUUGGAGGGAGAAGAUAAUGCUGAGGGCUCCCUCAAUCCGCCCUUCGGUUGGCCUACUCAAGGAGCUUUAAGCUUUAAAAACGCCCAGCUAUGUUAUAGGGAACAUCUGACACCAGCAAUACGAAAUUUAAACUUUAAAACAGAAGCUUUUGAGCGUUUAGCCAUAGUGGGGCGCACUGGGGCCGGAAAAACUUCCAUACUGGCGGCCUUAAUGAGAAUAGCUCCUUUAAGUAAAGGAGAAAUCACUUUGGAUAGCGUAAACUUGAAAACUUUAUCAUUGAAUGUUUUGCGCGAUCGCAUUGGCAUAAUACCGCAAGAACCCUUUCUAUUCGAGGGCACUGUUAGGGAAAAUCUUGACCCUCGUUCAUCAUAUUAUGACUCUGAAAUUUGGCAUGCUAUUACCAAUUGUUCAGCGGCCACCUAUUUAGUGCAAUCUUUGGGUGGCUUAGAUGGCAAACUCGAUAGGGGUGGCAUUAAUCUAUCGGCUGGGCAAAAGCAAUUGCUGUGUCUAGCUAAAGCUUUACUUAAAAAUUCCAAAGUCAUUUGUAUUGAUGAGGGCACCUCAAACUUAGACAACGAUUCCGAAUUCGCCAUGCAUCAAGCUUUGCGCUCUUCCUUCAAAAGUUCUACAGUCAUAUUUAUAGCUCAUCGUUUGAAUGGCCUACAUAAUAUGGAUCGUAUCAUUGUAAUGGAUCAGGCUGAAAUUAAGGAGCAAGGUACACCGCAAGAAUUGGCUUUGAAUACACAUUCUCUUUUCUAUAGUAUGUUACAGGCUCAACAUAUUAGUAUAGAUGAAUUUACGAGAAGGGAAUAGUUUUAAAAAAGUUUCCUAUAAAAUGUAGUUUAAUAUUAAGUUUUUUCUUUUUAAAUUUAUUUUAAUAUUUAUUUUUUUAAGCAAUUGUUUUAAAAUUUUAAAAUCACACAUUUUUUUCUUGUUACAUUUUUCAUUGUAGUCUUAAUUAAAAUGAUGUUUUAAUUAAA